CCCGCCGCGGGGACACCCUUCCUAUGGGACGACAAGUGAAGGGCUGCUGCUGCCGCCGCCCGCUGCCCGGCCCGCCCCGAGCCUCGGCGCCUCGGCGCGGCAGCGGCAGCUGCUAAAACCUGUGCCGCUCGUACAACUUCGCCGGCUUCGAGCAUCCUCCCACCGGGGGCUCGGGGGGCUCAGUCCCCCGCUCCUGCCUCUUCGCGUCCGCCUUUUUGGAAGAAGCGAGGGGUGGCCGAGGUGCUGUUCCUCCGUCGGCUUUUUAACCGCUACUGUUAUUAUUCUUCUCCAGACUUUGCCCUUCUGGGAGAGGGAGGUGGUUUCCUGAUCUGAAGUGCAAAGAAAAGUCAGUGGGAUUCCCCUCCUUCCUUCUCCCCCACCCACCCCCAAUCCCCCACCCCCGGUUUGGGUGCAUUCACACGCUCCCUCAGGCAUGAUGCUCAAGAUGCUGCCGUUUAAGCUGCUGCUAGUGGCCGUGGUUCUGUGCUUCUUCGAGGGGGAUGCCAAGUUUGGGGAGAGUGGCGCCCGGAGGAGAAGGUGCCUCAACGGGACCCCGCCGCGGCGGCUGAAGAAGCGGGACCGGCGGGUGCUGUCUCCGGAGGCCCCGGGCGGCGGGGAGGCGAUGUGCCGCGGCCUCUACCCACGCCUGUCCUGCUGCUCCCGCUCCGAGCCCCAGGGGCUGCCGCACGCCGAGGCGAAGAUACUUUCUGUUACGAACAACACGGAAUGUGCGAAGCUACUGGAGGAAAUCAAAUGUGCACACUGCUCACCUCACGCUCAGAACCUAUUCCACUCACCUGAGAAAGGGGACACAGCUGAAAGAGAACUAACUCUUCCCUACUUGUGCAAAGACUAUUGUAAAGAAUUCUAUUAUACUUGCAGAGGUCACAUACCAGGUUUUCUCCAAACUACAGCUGAUGAGUUUUGCUAUUACUAUGCAAGAAAAGAUGGUGGCGUGUGCUUUCCAGAUUUUCCAAGAAAACAAGUGCGAGGGCCAGCCUCUAACUCCCUGGACCACAUGGAAGAAUAUGACAAAGAGGAAGAGAUCAGCAGAAAACACAAGCACAACUGCUUCUGCAUUCAGGAGGUUGUGAGUGGACUAAGGCAGCCUGUUGGAGCAGUACAUUGUGGGGAUGGAUCCCAUCGCCUCUUCAUUCUAGAGAAAGAAGGAUAUGUGAAGAUUUUCACUCCCGAAGGAGACAUACUCAAGGAACCUUUUUUGGAUAUACACAAGAUUGUACAAAGUGGAAUAAAGGGAGGAGAUGAAAGAGGACUGUUAAGCCUUGCAUUCCAUCCCAAUUACAAGCAAAAUGGAAAGCUGUAUGUGUCUUAUACCACCAACCAAGAACGGUGGGCUAUUGGACCUCACGACCACAUCCUUAGGGUGGUAGAAUACACAGUAUCCAGGAAAAAUCCACACCAAGUUGAUAUGAGGACAGCAAGAGUGUUUUUAGAGGUAGCAGAACUACAUCGAAAACAUCUAGGAGGACAGCUUCUGUUUGGCCCAGAUGGUUUCCUGUACAUUUUUCUCGGAGAUGGCAUGAUCACUCUAGAUGACAUGGAGGAGAUGGAUGGUUUAAGUGAUUUUACAGGCUCUGUAUUGCGCCUCGACGUAAAUACCGACCUGUGCAAUGUCCCUUAUUCUAUACCACGGAGCAACCCACAUUUCAAUAGCACAAACCAACCUCCUGAGAUUUUUGCACAUGGACUCCACAAUCCAGGCCGGUGUGCUGUGGACCGCCAUCUAACUGAUGUAAACAUCAAUUUAACUAUACUUUGUUCAGAUUCAAAUGGAAAGAACAGAUCUUCAGCAAGAAUCUUACAAAUAAUAAAGGGCAAAGACUAUGAAAGUGAGCCCUCACUUUUAGAAUUCAAACCAUUCAGCAGUGGAUCCCUGGUCGGUGGAUUUGUCUAUCGAGGCUGUCAGUCUGAAAGACUCUAUGGAAGUUAUGUAUUUGGAGACCGCAAUGGAAAUCUUUUAACACUGCAACAGAGUCCUGCAACCAAACAGUGGCAAGAGAAACCGCUCUGUCUUGGCAACGCUGGCUCAUGUAGAGGUUUCUUUUCAGGACCUGUCUUGGGAUUUGGCGAAGAUGAAUUAGGUGAGAUUUACAUAUUAUCAAGCAGUAAAAGUAUGACACAGCCUCACAGCGGAAAACUCUACAAGAUUGUUGACCCAAAGAGGCCUUUAGUCCCUGAAGAAUGCAAAAGAACAGCUCAGCCUGCACAGAUACUGACAUCUGAAUGCUCAAGGCAUUGUCGGAAUGGGCACUGCACUCCCACAGGAAAAUGUUGCUGUAAUCAAGGCUGGGAAGGAGACUUCUGCAGAACCGCAAAAUGUGACCCGGCCUGUCGACAUGGAGGUGUCUGUGUAAGGCCUAAUAAAUGUUUGUGUAAAAAAGGCUAUCUCGGCCCCCAGUGUGAGCAAGUCGAUAGAAGCAUCCGAAGAGUGACAAGGGCAGGUAUUCUUGAUCAGAUCCUAGACAUGACAUCCUAUUUGCUGGAUCUAACCAGUUAUAUUGUAUAGUUCCUGGGACUCUUUAGAAACUAUACUUUCAACGGGCAUUUGUUUUGAAUUCUGUCAUUUUCAAAAGACUCUUAUCCUGCAACAAAUACCAGUGAUUUGAGUUACUUUAUUAAUUUAAGUAUAAUAUCCACAACUCUGCAGAAAAAAAUUCUUUGUAUGUGUGUAAAUAUUCCCCGUACAUCUCCAUGGACGUCCCGAUAUCCAAUAUGUGCACACGUACACACGCACACACGCUGCCACAAACAAGCACAGUUUUACAGAAAGUGGAAUUUUUUUUUUUUUUCAAUAUUUAUUUCUUCAUGAGAAAUAGUUUACAAAGGUAAUUCCACCGCCAUAAAACACAUUCUCGUCCCAGGACUUUUCACGAUGUCUUAAUGGAUUCUUUGAUAUCCCAGCAAUCUCGUGUCUAUACCUAUCUGAUCAUAGCAGUGAGGAAGCAGUUUUCAAACAUCACUGUAUAAACUGCUGGACUUAAUAAAAUGCAGUUGUAACAGUUUCUAAGGUGAACUGAACUACAUCAUGAGACAAUAUUUCAGAACUACUUAAUGCAUUCCUAUCUAGGCAAUUUAUUGUAAGACUGUAACCUUCACUUUCAUCAAUGUAACUCUAUUACAGAAUGUUACGCAUUUCUUUAUCUAGCAUAGGUGCAAAAAUCUGGUUAUUGCAACUUAAUAUCAAGAUUGUUUCAAGUAUUUAAUAAUUAAAUUAUAUUUGCAUAUUUCAAAACCAGUCAUCCUAGAAGAUCUGCUUUUUAUCAUAUAUUUUAUUUAACGGUGGGCAUGGGGUUCAUAUUACAUAUUUAUAUUUUUUUUUUUAUUUUUAUAAUAUCAUCUACAUGAGACAGUUUUACCAUGUCCUGUAAAAUACUAAAGUUACGUUUUUCACCAACUUAAUUGGAAAGACGGGGAAAGAGAGAGCAAAACACACACGCUUUAAGGUGUUGUGGAUCUAAUGUAGAAGUGUAUCCUUGUGUCAACUUGUGUUUAUUUACGACGGAUGAGAAAAAAAAACAACCACCAACCAAUCAUAAUAAAAUUUCAGCAUGUGUUAAAAAUGUCCAUAAAGUGGUUUUCACUGUAACAGGACAGUGUAAGAGGUUAUACAGGCAGGCUGCUGCCAGUGUCACACUGAACGGAACAUCCCUGGACUGGAGUUCCCACUUGCACGUGUUGCCUGUGCACAGUGUCACUUGUACAAAUCAUAUAGUGAUUCUUACCAAAUGUAGUUCUAAACGUAAAUGUUCCUUCAAGAGCUAACAUAAAACUGAGUCUUUGUAAAUGUAUGAACAGAUAUGGUGUACAUGCUAUAGUCAGGUUUCCUAAGGUAUUAAUAGUCUAAUUACGUGUAUAUGCGGAACUGGUGCCCUCUUAUCUCCAGCUCUAGGGCAUUAUUGGUGGUUUCUUUGCUCACUGCUUACCAGCUAUUAGGUUUCCUUUGCACUAUCUGGCUUUUAUAAAAUCCUGCCUAAGAAAAGAAAGCGGAAUAGCCACAUCCUAUGGUCCUUAUAAGCAGCUGCUCAUGCAUCAACAAUUGACAACACUUUAGUCAAUGAGAUCUAAAAGAUUUUAGCCUUAUUACUCUCCAGCAGCAACAUUACCUCUCCAGGGCAGCAACAUGCAACAAAUUCUCCUUUAUAGAAAUUUGUCAGUCUUCAUUUAGUAGGUAUUAAAGCUGAAAUUACAGAGUGACUCAUACUUGCAUUUCUGUGUCUUACACACUCCAGCUCAGAAGAACAGAAAAUUACAUCUGCCUUCCAUAUAUGUUUGCCUGGGUUUUGAGUGACCUCAUGCCCAAUGAAAAUUGGUUGAGAAAUCUUGGUUAAGUGCUCAGAGAACAAUGGUCUGCAUUAAAAAGUGCAUGCAUAAUUUUGCACAAUGUAGAUUCAACUGACAGUCCAUUGAAGACAUCUUGGGAUUAAAUGAGCAUGAAGACCAAACUGCCCUCUCACCCCAGAAAAGGGUGGUCCCUUAUAGUCACACGAACACUUCAUUGGCUAAGCAGUGUGACCAAUCUCAAAAUGAACCCUGUGGUAGCAUCUGUAGGUUAAUAGCUGCUCUUUGUCUCCUCUGCUUUCUGCCUUUAGUCUUUUCCCUGAAUUCCACCACAAAAAGUUUUACAAUUAAAAAAUGUCCUGACAACCAUUUUUGUAAAUUGACCUUAGCAUCUAAUCUUUCUUUAUUCAACGUGUGUGACAAAAAUGUGAACUUCUCCUGAAUGAGCCAGCUGUCUAAAUCUGUCACAUAGCACGGUUUUAUUACACUCUUCAUAAUCAGUAAAGCAAGAAAGUUGCUGAAGUAUUUUAGCAACGUUUAAAUAUCUGACAAAGAUAACAUCUUUAACACUUUCUUCAAUGAAAUAUAUUUAAAAAUAAACCCGACUUUAAUUCCACUGUGACACAUUAUUUUCAACAACCAGUUGGAGAGAUGUCAUAGUUCUUUUUUCCCUGCUUAGUUCCUUAAAAUAUACCACAGAUGGCACCUAAAUUGAAGAGUCACAAUAAUAUAUAUGCCAUAGUCGUGCAGAGAAGGGAUAACAAUGAUCUUCGAGUUUUGAUCUUAAUAAUAAGACAAUUUAGUCUUAUAAGACAACUAGUGAAAUCAGAAAAUAAAACUCCAGUAAGAGCUAAGAAUUAAAUCCAGGCCUUAUUCAAAUCAAUGGCAAAAACUUAUAUCAGCUGUGGUGCACCCAGAAAUCACGUUCAAAAUUUAAGCAAAAUACUUCAGUUUAUUUUAUUGAAACAAACAUUUUCUGUUUGAGUCAUUCCACCAAAACUUCAAAACUAAGAUGUAAUCUAAAUGAAGAUUAGAGGGAAAGGGGAGAUAGUUUGUGAAAGUGUUUUGAUUCAUUUUUAAAUCAUCUUUUAUAUCAUGGGAAAGCAAACAUCUGCAUUAAGCCCACAUGUACAUAGGAAGUCCCACAGCAAAAGAAGUAUUCUCACAAAAAAAAAAAAAAAAGAAAAAAAAAUUCCUAGCUGCUUAUUUAUCAAAAGAAAUUAUACUAUUAAAAAGAGUGAGCAAACCCCAGGCCUAGCCACCCAAGAUGCUGAUAUAAAAAGGGCAACUGCAGUAAUUGCCCUGAGAACUGGCAUACAAAAAAAAAAAAAAAAAAAAGGGUCUGUAGAAAGCCUGUUGCCAGUUAGGUCAUUCUGCAGCCAUUCUUGCACAACCUCUGAGAGUGUCCCAGAAUAAAACUGAGCUUAUAAAUGAAACUAGAUAAAUGAGGCAAUUAGAUAAGGGCCUCCAGAAGGGAUUUUAUGUAUGUGCUCAAGUUGUCUCUGUCUCUCUCUCCUAAUCUUUUAUUCCAUUCAUUUCUUCCUUUAUUCGGAGAUACUGCCUCUCUGUUCCCAACACAUUGUACAUUUCUAGCAUUCUUUGAGGCUUUCCACUGUUAAAAGAGAACAAACAUACCUAUUGCAAGAAACAUAACUCUGUCUCUGGUGUCUGCUAGUUUCAAACCUCUGUUUUAUUAUUUUGGAACAGAAAAUUUUCAUUUUUCUCUGAUCACUGAUCAGAAAGAAGACAUAUUAUCGGAAUAUAAGGAGAAAUACCUUUACUCCAUUGAUAAGUAGGGAGUCAAAAAGAUGUUAUGUAAAAUCAGCUCCAAAUUGUUUCACUCCAUUUCAGAAAAACAGUAAAUUCAUUUUUCUAAUGCGUCCAAUAAGAAAUAUUAACUCAAACUCUCCCCCUCUGGGAAUAAAUUCCUCCUGUUAACAGUCAGGGACACAGAUGCAAACCCUUUGUACCUUUAAAUCCUCACAGCUUAUUAUAUAUCUUGCAAAGAAAUUGUAUGUUAGUUAUAAAUAAGGGGACAAAUUCUGUAUCACCGACAUGACACCUCUCUUUAUCUCCUUCUUUCAUUCAUUUCUCCACAUUGGGCUUUGCAGCUCCUUCCUUUCUAGAACCACAGCAAACAUCAAUAAUCCCUGGUUGCUGCAGGUGAUGCUUAUUAUGUAAUUCUACUUGUAUCCAUGAAAUAGGCAUUUAUAAGAUUAUAAUAAUGGCCAGCCUUCGCGAGCGAAGAUGCGGGGAAGGUCUUUAUACCUUCCAGCCUGCGCAUUGGAUUUUUUAGGUGAGACACAGUGUGCGCGGAACUGAGCCCACCCUUUAAUCCUAAGGUUCAUCUGCCAGGGCCAAGCGAGCUUGGACGGUGGCAGCGAGCUCCUCAGGACGUAGAUGGAUUGCUUUAAAGGCUAACGAGCUCCAUCUGCCCGGGAGUGUCCCUGACCAGGAAUCGAACCCAGGUCUCGGUGGUGACAGCGCCGUGCCCUUAACCACUAGACCACCAGGGGCUCCAUUUAUAAGAUUAGGUCUACAUGGAAAAUACAAGUUUGAGGACAUCCUGUUCUGCUUAUUUUUCCUUAAUUAAGUAAAUUCUUUACAAGACAUUUAUGUUUUUUAAUUUACUAUCCUUAAAUUUAUCUGUGUAUCAGUUUAUUUAGGAAUUAUACCAUUUUGGUCUUCUAUCCAACUUAAAAUGUGAUCCUUUUCUCAGAACAAAAACCAAACCAAACCAAACAUAACAAAAAACCAAACCCAAACAAAACCACAAAACAAACCCAAAAACAAACAAAAAAAACCAACCAAAAGGAAGUCAGGAAGCAAAUAAAAACUAAUUUUUCCCCUUUUGCAAUAAUAAAAAUUCACUGAUAUUUUGCAAUUAAAAAAAAAAAACGUAACAUUCUCACCAAAAAGGCAACCAACCCUUUAAAUAUAUUCCAAUUCAAAUUUGAAGAAAAUUUGUACCAAAUAAUCUAAGUUCUUGCUAAAAAAAAACCCAACAAAUAUUUAUGUAAGUAGUUUCGGGACAAAAUGUUUUAAAAACAUUGAAAAAAGACUGUUUUGCUGAAAAGUUCAUUUUCAACUACAGCGUCAUUCAGUGAAAUAAGACACAUACUUUUUGGGACAUAGGUGUGAAACAGCAGAAGCCACCUGAAAGCUCAGUAUGGGAUUACUUUAAUCUUUGAGGGCCUGACUCCAAGUCCAUUGAUGUUAACUCCUGUUGACUUCAUUAGUUAUAGGAUUAAGUCUUUAAAAGAUAUCCACUUAGCUGGCAGAAGAUCUUAACUUCAGGCAUCACUGCACACAUGACCUCUCUGUGUCGGCAUCUCCAAUCAUUAAACCAAUGUUUUCCAGAAUAAGACUGCAGAUUCAACACUGCACAAAGCCAUAUGAAGCAUAUCCAAUCCUCUUGGGUUUCCUUAAUGGAUAUUCCAAACACUUACACAAAAUCUGCCAGGCUUCUUGAUAAUUCUUGAAAAAUGUUGAGCAAUUAGCUCACAGGUUUUCUCUUUCACACACAUAUACACUUGUUUCCAAUAUGCCCAGUAAGCAGGAAAGUAAUUGAAAUGUCAAGUCACUGUCCCCAUUUUAUGAAAUGGCCAUAGUGAGAUGGGGCCCAAAGUAGCCCCCACAGAUGCUCAUGAACAUCCACAGAACAGUUCCCUCGGCUGUUUUGAGUCCAGUAUUACAAGGGGUGAUUUUGGCAGUAUUAGGUGCAUUUUCAAACCCUUUUUUUCCUGUCUGUUUAGCGGGGAUAGUGUAACAUUUCAAUCAAGACUAUAUCCUAAUCCAAAAAUGUUGUUACCCUUACUAGUGAGACUAGCAAGACUGAAAGUGGUGAGAGCCCUCAGUACUGACAUGCCAGGCCUAAGCGAUAAUGGGGUGGGACAUGAGCAGACGCUACCUAGAUGUGUCCUACACAGGGACAUGUCUUGCUGCUUGCCUUUGUUCUCAUUUCUUUCAGUUACAACUCUGCACACAGGAUUUAUUGUGCUCUAAAAUGUUUUCAACGUCCAAAAAAAUCUUAGCACAGCGAUUAAUUCUGCGUGGAUUUACACUGGGUAGACUAACUAAUCAGACAGUAUUUCUAAUGCCAUUGAUGGGAAAAGAGAAAUGUUACUGUUUUAUAACUGACACAUCCACCUUUUUCCUUCAGUUCACUCACGAGUUAUUAGUAAUUGCUAGUUGGUUUAUAUAUUAGCAAAGGAUUAUCAUGUUGUUCCAUAACCCAAACUCCCGUAGGCUUCUGUAGGAAAUUUUUCUUCACAUUACACUGUACAGAUUGAUUUGAAAGACAAGUGACACACCUGCUUCCAGAGCUCUCUGUACUGAAAAGAUAUCACCUGGCAAUCAUUUCAUGCCACAGAAAUUAACAAACAUUUAAUAUUCUGUGUUAUAUACGUAUAAUGAAUGUCUUUGCCUAUUGUCUACACAGACAGGUUUCCACAAACAAAAGUGCCAGAAAUUACUGCACAGACAGCAAGCUGCAUUAUUGGAGAAGAGUUCUAUUUCUACUGAUAAAUAACAACUUUCCAUCUGCUGCAAGUUAUCAAUAGGGUCCAAUGUAUCAUGUAGUAAAGUUCCUCUUAUGGUCUAUGAGAUUUUACUAUUUAUUUUCAUUAUGCAAUGAAAACAGAAGUAAAAAAGUAAAAAAAAAAAAAAAAAAAAAAAAAAAAAGACAAA